AUGGCGGAAAACAAAUCCAACUUUCACCCUGCUUUCACCGUCAACAAUAUCCAAACAUGUAUCCCUAUUGUUCUUGAAAUGGAGAACGUCUCUUACUCUACAUGGGCAGAACUUUUCAAGAUUCACGCAAGAAAACAUAAGGUCCUCGAUCAUAUCAUCCCUCCUUCUGAUGGUAAGGGUAAAGUUCCUUCUACGGAUGAAGAAAAGGAACUUUGGGCGACCUUGGAUGCCACGGUUAUAUCGUGGAUUUAUUCGACUAUUUCUCGCGACCUAUUGAACACCAUUAUCGAACCGGAUGCUACGACCAUGGAAGCUUGGGAUAGAUUGCAUGAUAUAUUCCAAGACAAUCAACAUUCCCGUGUUGUCGCUCUUGAACAGGAGUUCUCUUCUACUUCUAUGGAGGAUUUCCCGAAUGCUUCAGCUUAUUUCCAACGUCUUAAAUCCCUUGCGGAUCAAUUAAAAAAACGUUGGAGCUCCGGUUUCUGA